UAAAAAAAUCCGACAGGAAAGGUAAUGAGGAGCAUGGUGGAUCCGAAAACCACAUGAUCGUUAACCCAACAUCCCUCAUAUCAUCUUCUUCAUCUCCUUUAUCUCCCCUUAACCGCUUCUCAAUCCCUUUAAUUUAAACCCCAAAUUCUCAAAAAAAUGGAUCCGAACCCACAAACAGUAUUACCCAGAACCAAACGGAAACCCGACAUAACCACCGUCCUUCGUAAAUCAUGGUACCAUUUAAGGUUGUCGGUGCGUCACCCAUCUCGGGUUCCAACAUGGGAUGCCAUCGUUUUAACAGCUGCCAGUCCCGAACAAGCUCAACUCUACGAUUGGCAACUCAGACGGGCUAAACGAAUGGGUCGGAUUGCUCCUUCUACUAUUACCCUCGCCGUACCCGACCCAGAAGGUCAACGGAUCGGAUCCGGUGCUGCCACACUCAAUGCUAUUCACGCCCUCACUAAACAUACAGAGCUAGUCGUUAACGGAGGAGAUGGUGCUGUUGGUUUAAUGGGUAAAAAGCAUAUUUUAUUACUUCAUGCUGGUGGGGAUUCUAAAAGGGUUCCAUGGGCUAAUCCGAUGGGUAAAGUCUUUUUACCACUCCCUUUUUUAGCUGCCGAUAACCCUGACGGUCCAGUACCGUUGUUAUUCGAUCAUAUUCUUGCAAUUGCUUCUUGUGCUCGACAAGCUUUCAAAAAUGAAGGUGGAAUAUUUACUAUGACUGGUGAUGUACUUCCAUGUUUUGAUGCCUCUACUUUGAUUCUUCCACCCGAUUCGUCGACCAUUAUUACCGUGCCUAUAACGCUCGAUAUAGCUGCUAACCAUGGUGUCAUUGUGGCGUUAAAAUCCGAGAUUUUUGAUGAAAGUUACACGGUUAGUUUAGUGGAUAAUUUACUUCAGAAACCUAGUGUAGAUGAGCUUGUUAAGAAUCAGGCAAUCCUGGACGACGGUAGAGCAUUGCUAGAUACUGGGAUUAUAGCUGUUAGAGGCAAUGCAUGGGUGGAGCUUGUUAAGCUUGCUUGUUCUUGUCAACCGUUGAUUUCCGAGCUUUUGAAAAGCAAAAAAGAGAUGAGUUUGUAUGAAGAUCUUGUGGCAGCUUGGGUACCUACGAAGCAUGAUUGGUUACAACAUCGCCCUUUGGGUGAAGCAUUGGUCAACAAAUUGGGAAAACAAAGGAUGUUCAGCUACUGUGCUUAUGAUUUUUUGUUUUUACAUUUUGGAACUUCGAGCGAAGUUUUGGAUCACCUUAGUGCAUCUGAUUCAGCGCUUGUAGGCCGAAGACACUUAUGUUCUAUUCCAGCAACCACUGUUUCAGACAUUGCAGCAUCUUCCGUUGUUCUGUCUUGUAAAAUUGCUGAUGGUGUCUCGAUUGGUGAAGAUUCUCUAAUAUACGACUCAAACAUAUCAAGUGGAAUCCAGAUUGGUUCCCAGUCUAUAGUUGUCGGUAUGAAUGUUCCAAAGGACAGUGAUAAUAUGGCAGGUAAUUCCAUAAAGUUCAUGCUUCCAGACCGCCAUUGUCUUUGGGAAGUUCCUUUGGUAGGAUGUACUGAAAGAGUGAUUGUAUUUUGUGGUAUCCAUGAUAACCCGAAAAACCCUCUUAAAAAGGAUGGAACCUUUUGUGGGAAACCUUGGGAGAAGGUCAUGCACGAUUUAGGUAUCGAGGAAAACAAUCUAUGGAGCUCCAGUAGCAGUCAAGAAAAGUGCUUGUGGAAUGCAAAAUUAUUUCCCAUUCUUUCGUACUUUGAGAUGCUUCGAGUGGGAAUGUGGUUGAUGGGUUUGAGUGAUGGAAAAAACCUACACUAUCUUCCCUUGUGGAGAAACUCACCUCGAGUCAGUCUCGAGGAGUUGCAUAGAUCGAUUGACUUCUCAAAAAUGUGCACUGGAUCCAGUAAUCAUCAAGCGGAUCUCGCAGCUGGAAUUGCUAAGGCUUGCAUUAACUACGGCAUGCUUGGGCGCGAUUUAUCUCAGUUGUGUGAAGAAAUUUUACAAAAAGAGACUUCUGGUGUCGAAAUAUGUAAGGACUUCCUAGCCCUUUGUCCCAAACUGAUCGAGCAAAAUUCUAAGAUUCUUCCCAAAAGCCGAGCAUAUCAGGUGCAAGUUGAUCUUCUUCGAGCAUGCGGAGAGGAAACAAAAGCUUAUCAGUUAGAACAUGAAGUAUGGGCUUCAGUUGCUGAUGAAACUGCAUCAGCCGUUAGAUAUGGUUUUGGAGAACAUCUCUUGGAGUCCUCUGGCAGCAAGUCUACUCUGGCCUUCAGGAACAAUAACCAUGUUAGCUCCAUGGACAAGCCUUUUUGUCCAAAAACUGUGAAAGUCGAGCUACCGGUUCGAGUAGACUUUGUUGGCGGCUGGAGUGAUACACCUCCGUGGAGCUUAGAACGUGCUGGUUGUGUUCUUAAUAUGGCAGUGAGCUUGGAAGGUUCUCUUCCGAUUGGCACUGUAGUAGAGACGACAAAUUCAAAUGGAGUCUUGAUUAUCGAUGAUUCUGGAAAAGAGCUACAUAUUAAAGAGCUUGCUUCAAUCGCUCCUCCCUUUGAUGGUGAUGAUCCUUUUAGGCUUGUGAAAUCUGCACUGCUGGUAACCGGAAUUAUUCGUGAAAACAUUCUAGUAUCAAAUGGCUUGCGAAUAAGGACAUGGGCUAACGUACCUCGGGGCAGUGGGUUAGGAACUUCUAGCAUCUUAGCUGCUGCCGUUGUGAAAGGACUUCUACAGAUCAUUGACGGUGAUGACGACAACGAAAAUGUUGCCAGGCUUGUUUUGGUACUAGAGCAGCUCAUGGGAACAGGUGGUGGUUGGCAGGAUCAGAUCGGAGGUUUAUAUCCCGGAAUCAAAUAUACAAGAAGUUACCCUGGAAUACCAUUGCGUCUCCAAGUCUUCCCUCUUGUGGCAUCUUCUCAAUUGAUUUCAAAAUUGCAGGAACGGUUGCUUGUCGUAUUUACCGGUCAAGUUCGACUAGCACAUCAAGUCCUACAAAAGGUAGUCCUCCGGUAUCUCCGACGAGACAACCUUCUCGUAUCCAGCAUCAAACGACUCACUGAAUUAGCUAAGAUCGGUAGGGAAGCUUUGAUGAACUGUGACGUCGAUAAACUAGGGGAAAUCAUGUUGGAGGCUUGGAGGUUGCAUCAAGAACUCGAUCCAUACUGCAGCAACGAAUAUGUCGAUAAACUGUUUGCAUUUGCCGACCCGUACUGCUCUGGCUACAAGCUUGUGGGAGCAGGUGGUGGGGGCUUUGCCUUAUUACUCGCCAAAAAUGCCACAUGCGCCAAAGAAUUAAGAAGCAUGUUAGGGAAAAACCCAGAAUUUGAUUCAGUAAUCUACAAUUGGACCAUCUAUUAAUAUUUUUUUAGUAUUUUUUAUAUCUGUUUUACGAUCUAUUUUUUUGGGGUUGUUGGCACCCUCUAUCUAAUAAUUAAUUUAAUUAAUAGACGAUAUAAUUCAUUGUAUUGUAUUGUAAAAUACAUUUCUUCUACAACAUUUGUGAAAUGAAUCAUCUUCUUUUAUUAUUAUUA